AUACUAAUUCAUACUUUACACGAUGUAAAACAUUAAUCGUUCAACGUUCGGUCUGUAUGAACAGACGACUUAAGCGUUGAGCGUUUCAAACUAUCGUAUCAAAAAUUUGCUCUAAAAAAAAAUUUAACCUGUUUCGAGAAAAUACAAUAGGUACGAUGACUAGGGUAUUAGUUUUGUUGUCUGUUAUUUUUCUCAGCGUAUGUGUAACGGAACAGGCGUAUUUUCUGGAAGAAGAUUUCAUCGAAGAGAUCAACGAAAGAGCGACGACAUGGAAGGCCGGUGUUAACUUUGAUCCAAAUACACCGAUUGAAAAAAUCAUCAAACUUUUGGGGUCAAAAGGAGUACAAACCGCACAUAAACUUGACCUUAAAAUGUACAAAUCAAAAGACGAAGCUUAUGUAAACCUGUUUGGCAGAAUUCCAAAAAAAUUUGACGCAAGAAGAGAAUGGAGACGUUGUAUUACGAUCGGACAAAUUCGUGAUCAAGGAAAUUGUGGAUCGUGUUGGGCGUUUGCAACGAGUUCAGCGUUUAGCGAUCGUAUGUGUAUAGCCACAGACGGAGAAUUCAAUCAACUGUUAUCCGCAGAAGAAUUAACUUUUUGCUGCCAUUUGUGUGGUUUUGGUUGUCACGGAGGUUACCCAAUCAAAGCUUGGAGUUAUUUCAGGCGACAUGGUAUCGUGACAGGAGGAGAUUAUAAAUCGGAAGAGGGCUGCAUGCCGUACCGAGUCGCGCCGUGCAUUCGUGACGAAUAUGGAAAUAGCUCGUGUAGGGGCCAGCCAAUGGAAAAAAAUCAUAGAUGCACGAGAAUGUGUUACGGAGAUCAAGAAAUUGAAUUUGAUGAAGACCACAGAUACACGAGAGACUAUUAUUACCUCACGUACGAGAGUAUUCAAAAAGAUGUUAUGACUUAUGGACCGAUUGAAGCGUCGUUUGAAGUGUAUGACGACUUUCCCAGUUACAAAUCAGGUGUUUACGAGAAAUCGGAAAAUGCUACAUAUUUAGGAGGACAUGCUGUGAAGUUGAUUGGUUGGGGUGAAGAAUACGGAGUACCAUAUUGGUUGAUGGUCAACUCUUGGAAUGAAGAUUGGGGUGAUCAUGGUACUUUCAAAAUUCGACGAGGUACAAACGAAUGCGGAGUUGAUAAUUCGACAACUGGCGGUGUACCAGUGACUUACUGA